UUGAAAGCCGGGGCCUGCCUUAGCUACCUCGAGGAAGUCCUUAUGACGCAGGAUCUUGCGGGGAUAGCCGUCAAGCGGGGCAGACGGGCAAGGCCUCUGCCUGGGCCAUGCGCACGGGUGCCUUUUACAACCAGGCGCUGGAUGACUGUGGCUGUCUGCCUUGGGUGGCAGCGUGCCCGCCCGCCCCUUUCCCUCGCUACCCGCUACUGCCGAUGAUCGGCAGCGCCUCCCCUCCCGAAUCCAAGAGGCAGACAGUCAUGGCGAAGCAGUUCGGGACCAUUCACGUGGGCACCUAUUUGGAGAUCAAGCGGAGCGACGGGCGGAUACACCCGGCCUUGGUCACGGCGCUGCACGAGGACACCAGCAGCGUGACCGUGGAAUGGAUCGAGAAAGGCGCCAACAAGGGCAAGAAGGUGGAGCUGAGCCUCGCCUUCUCGCUCAAUCCUCAUUUGGCCUCGACCGUGUUGAGCCCCGAGAGCCUCUCGGCGCCGACGCCAUCGGAUCAGGGGGAUCACUCGAGCCCGCCCCCUAACUAUGUGGUGACCCCCAUCACUAAAGAGAAGCCGGGUGGAGACAGCGAGGAUCGCGACUUCAAACGGCCUCCGUCGACGGGGACUGCAGGCAAAAUCAGCCCCAGCCCGGCGCGCAAGUCGCCGUGCGUCCUGGAAGUAGAGCGGCUGCGCGAACAGCGAGAGAAGCGCCGCCGGGUGUUCCUGGAGAGGCGAGCCCAGCGCGACGCUUGCGACGCGCACCCCCAUGCCGCUGUGAUCGCCAUGAUCGCGCGCUAUCGUGAUGCUUUGCAGCACGGCGGCUCCGCUCUCCUGGCCCAAAGCUGCCCCCUGGAGUCCAACCGCGGCGGCGCCCGCAAAAUCUGUGUUUGCGUCCGCAAGAGGCCGCUCAACCAGCGGGAGGAGCAGCUCAAGGACAUCGACGUGGUGACCAUCCCUUGCUCCGACGUAGUGAUAGCUCACGAAGCCAAGCAGAAGCUGGACCUCACCCGAUACCUCGAGAACCAGACUUUCCGCUUCGACCACGCCUUCGACGACAACGCCACGAACGAAAACGUCUACAAGCACACCGCCCAGCCUCUGGUGGAGACCGUCUUCAGAGGCGGCAUGGCCACUUGCUUUGCCUACGGGCAAACGGGCAGUGGCAAGACUCACACGAUGGGGGGCGACUUUUCUGGCAAGAAGCAGGAUUCCUCCAAAGGGAUCUAUGCCAUGGCUGCCCAGGAUGUCUUCUGCUUGCUGCAGGAGCCCACCUACAAAAUGCUGGAGCUCCAGGUCUUUGGGGCUUUCUUUGAGAUCUACUGGGGAAAGGUCUACGACCUGCUGAACUGGAAGAACCGGCUGAGGGUGCUGGAGGACAGAAACCAGCAGGUUCAGGUGGUUGGGCUCCUGGAGCAGGAAGUCCUCUGUGUGGAAGAUGUGAUGAAGCUCAUUGAGAUAGGGAAUAGGUGCAGAACAUCAGGCCAGACCUCAGCAAACUCCCAUUCCUCCCGGAGCCAUGCUGUUUUCCAGAUCAUCCUCAAGAGGAGAGGGAGGCUGCACGGUAAGUUUUCCUUGAUUGACUUGGCUGGCAAUGAGCGGGGAGCAGACACCUCCUGUGCGGACAGACAAACCAGGCUGGAGGGUGCAGAGAUCAACAAGAGCCUCUUAGCGCUUAAGGAAUGCAUCAGGGCUUUGGGGCGCAACAAAGGCCAUACGCCCUUCAGAGCUAGCAAACUGACUCAGGUGUUAAGGGACUCGUUUAUAGGAGAAAAGUCCUGCACCUGCAUGAUUGCCACCAUUUCUCCAGGAAUGAAGUCGUGCGAGCACACACUCAACACCCUGAGGUAUGCCAAUAGGGUGAAAGAGCUGGCAGUGGACCCAAACGCCUUCAGACAGUUGCCUCCUGCCUUGCCCAGAUCCAUCUUCCAGUUGGAUGACUUGACGAGGCCCUGGAUGAUCCAGAGUUUGCCCGAGACGGAUGAGUUCAAAGUGUUGUGUGUGCAGAAAGAGGACCAGGCCUCGCCGCCAUCCCUGACAUUUAUCGCCAGGGGGAAAGGUCAGAAGAAGAGGAAAGAGAUGGAUGGAAAAGUUCUGGUGGAGGAGCACCAGGAGUCUCUCCGCUGGUUGAAAGCUUUCCUGAAAAUGGCAGACGACGUAGACUAUGACGUGGAUUUUUAUGCCUCACAAUUUGAAGCUGUCCUGGCCCAAAAGAUUGCCAUUAUGUCGGAGAUCCAAGACAAAGUGAAAUCUUUCCGUACGAGCCUCUGCAAGGAAGAACUAGGGAACAAUCAUAUCAUUGUGAAGAGAUCCCGUGUCCUGUGAAUUGUGAUCGAAGGGAGGAUCCCGUUCCACUCUUUUGAGGUCAGGCUAUGUCAAGAUUUACAGCGCUGUGCCUAUUUUAUCCCACCUGGCAACAUGACAACUUAAAGAAUACUGAAACUCCCAUAUCCGUGUGUGUCCUUAUUGUUCCAAUGCCAUCUGAAGCUGGUGCGGAAAGUCUCCUGAGAGAAUCUCCAGGUGCUUCUGUUAGGGUCCUAAGAUCACUCUCUGAUGGCUUGAGAGCACAAUCCCUGGGCAUUUGGCCAUUUGUGUUGCCCUUCUUCUUUUUUCUUUUUUUUAGCAAAGAGAGAAAAAAGGAAUUAGAAUAUAAAGCACUUUGGGGGAAUGAAGGCUGAUUUGUGGAUAGCAUAAGCAUGACUAUGCGUAGCAUCUGCUGGCUUUCCACCCACCCCAAGCCCAUAUGUCCCUUUCAUCUGUGUUCAGAAGCUUAUCUUUAAAAGCAACAAUAGAAGAAUAUAGACCUUUUAGAAAUAAAGUGAAGGAAUGAGACCGUCCAACACAGAAAAGUUGUAUUUUACAAAGGGGGCGAUAUGCUUUUAAGACGACGUAAUCUUAAGGGGUGUGAGAGAGCACUUUUUUUUCCUCCAGUGGCAUUCGUAACAAUUGCCGUCAGAGAAUUGUGUAACUGUGCAAGGCUUUAAACCAGGCUUGUAUGAUGUAUGAUCCCAACACAGUACCCCAUCAAGGGCUGGAUGGAGCACACACUUUCCUUCCUUAAAGCAGAAACCAGUUUGGCUUGCUUUCCAAAAUACCUGAGGUAAUAAGCGAGAGUCAUUCAAAUAUGCACCUAGAAUAUGUUAGUGGAAGACGGUCGUUCUUUCUCUCUUCUCGUUAUAAUUUCACUUUUGACACCACCUGUGUAUUCUCUUGAAUCUUUGCUUUUUAUAAAAGCACUGUGCGUAAU